AUGAGGCUGCUCCUCAAAGACUGUGAAAUGCCUGAAGGCUUUCGCGAGCGAUUUAUUACGUCAGCAUACCGACGAGCUUAUAGUACACCUUGGGAGUGUGUUAAGAGUUUGUUCUACAUUAACAACGAAAGCUUUAACGUUUGGAGUCACAUCUUCACCACGGUUUUCUUUGUAAUGCGCUAUUCGACUCUUCUUGCUCUAACCCAAACGCCUCAUCUCUUUGAUCCAUUUACUUUGCCGCUUUUUGCUUCUGCUAUUGGCACGUUUACACUUUAUUCCACCAGCUCUAUGGCGCAUCUUUUCAACUCCAUAUCUGAACGGGGUUACAAAAUUUGCUUUUUCUUUGACUACGCAGCCAUCAGCCUGUAUACUUUCACAUCGGCUCAGGCCGUGUUCUUUUACACUCGUCCAACAAACACCAACUGGAUCAUCUUUGAGAUACCCUCUGUAUACAUGUCUUUAGCGGCAACUCUUUCCUUCAUCGCGACAUACAGCACCUGCAAGACUGGAAACAAAGUAUUUAAAUACGGUAACCUCCUCCGUACAAUCUCCUGUCUUGUAGCUUGGUUGAAUUGCACCUUACCAUUUAUAGUUGGCGUGACACUCUGUAGUUGUCACGCUAAUAGUAGCACGUCAUGCGUGGCCUUCUCUGCAUGCAACAGCGCAUCUGUUGGUUACUAUUUCCGUCACGCUUUUUGCACUGUUGUAGCAGGUCUUAUGUACAGUACCAGGUUACCGGAACGCCUUCUUCCAGGACGAUUUGAUCUGGUCGGUAACAGUCAUCAUUUUAUGCAUGUCUUUGUUGCCUUGAGCACAGAAUUUGGCCUCAAACUUUUUGAAUUUGAUAUCAAGCAUAAGAGGUCCUGGAGACAGCGGGAAGGCGCAUGGGCAGACACAACCGCUGACGCAUCUUUCAUCAACACCGUUGGCGCAGCUGUGAUAGUUAUGCUUAUCAACGCGGGAAUUGCAUUGUGGUUUUCCAGGUCUCUCAAGAGCAAGGAAAGUGUACAUGAGAAGUAG